AUGGGUGUUUGUGUGACUAAAAUGCAAGCAUAUGAUCAUUUGAAAGUGGUAGGCUUUAUCAAGGGUUAUAAUAAUUGGAUAGCACAUGGAGAACUUUCAAACUACUAUGAACCCACAUCUAAUUCUGAAAAUACAUCAAUUGGGGUUUCAAAUGGGACUAAUGACAUGCAAGACUUGGUCCAUGAUGUAUUUGGGAUACCACAUGGAACAAAUGAAUUGAAUAGAGAAGGGGACUUUCCUGUUUCAGAGGCUGAAAAAUUUUACAAAUUGAUUAAUGAUUCUCAACAGGAUCUGUACAGUGGUUGCAAAAAUUUCUCGAAGUUGUCUUUCAUUAUUCAUUUGCUUCACCUAAAAUGCCUUGGUAAGAUGAGUAACAAGAUUUUUAAUAUGCUUGUUGAGCUGUUAAGAGAAGCAUUUCCGGAGGCCAUGACUAAUUUGCCUUCUUCUUACUAUGAGGCUGAGAAAUUGAUGAAUACAUUGGGGCUGGGUUAUGAAAAGAUCGAUGCAUGUCCUAAUGAUUGUUCUCUUUAUUGGGGUAAUGCUGAAAAAAGAACUUCAUGUGAAACAUGUAACGAGCUUAGGUGGGUUGCUUCAAAAAAUGAUCCAACUGGUGAAAAAAGAAAAAUCCCUCAAAAAGUAUUGUGGCAUUUUCCUUUAAAAGCUAGAUUACAAAGACUAUUUAUGUCUUCUAAAAUUGCAUCUCAAAUGAGAUGGCAUGAGGAAAAACGUACAAAAGAUGGUUGUAUGAGACAUCUAGCUGAUUCUCCAGCUUGGCAAACUUUUGACCAUCUACAUCCAGAAUUUGCUAAGGAUUGUCGAAAUGUUAGAUUGGGGUUGGCAUCUGAUGGGUUUAAUCCAUUCAACAACAUGAGUUCUACACACAGUACUUGGCCUGUGGUUUUAAUACCAUAUAACUUACCUCCGUGGAUGUGUAUGAAGCAACCGUACUUCAUGUUGUCCUUGUUAAUACCCGGACCAUCCUCUCCUGGGAAUAAUAUUGAUGUUUAUCUACAGUCUCUAGUUAAAGAAUUGACCGAAUUUGAUUUUCCUGGAUAUGCAAUGUUAUCUGGGUGGAGCACUAAAGGUGAAUAUGCUUGUCUUGUUUGUCACAAGUUCACUCAUGCUCGACGGUUGACUCAUAGUUUCAAGCAUUGCUAUAUGGGUCAUCAUAGAUUCUUAGAUAGUAAGCAUAAAUUUAGAAAGCAAGCCCAAUUGUUUGAUGGCACCGAAGAAUAUGGAAAGCGACCACCUUUACAAACUGGGGAUAUGAUUAAUGUUUGUGAAAAUAUUUGGGGGACAUUGCUGGAUAUUGAGGAUAAAGCAAAGGACCAUUAUAAUUCCCGCCGUGAUUUGAGAGAAAUGGGAAUAAGAAAAGAGUUGCAUCCCAUUGAGACAGAACCUGGAAAGGUUUACUUACCUCCAUCUUCCUUUGCAAUGGAUAAAAAACAGAAAACUAUGUUUUGCAAUGUGCUAAAAAAAGUGAAAGUUCCAGAUGGUUAUGCAACUAACGUCUCAAGAUGCGUUCAAGUAAAGCCACCAAGAAUUUCGGGGCUUAAAAGUCAUGAUAAUCAUAUCCUAAUGCAGCAAUUGAUGCCUAUAGCUUUGAGAAAGACUUUGCCAAAAUCAGUGCGCUAUCCUUUGAUUCGAUUGAGUAGAUACUUCAGGCAGUUUUGUUCUAAAGUUAUUUGUCCUCAAGAUGUGGUUCGUUUGGAAAGUAAAAUUUCCGUUAUACUCUGCAAUCUUGAGAAAUGA